AUGUUGUUCUUUUUUUGCCAUAGUGAGGAAGAUCCUGAACUGCGGAAGAGGGCAUCAAACGAAGCGGUGCGGCUGAAUGGCUCUGGCGCAAGACAGCCAUCUGAUGACAACACCCUACACACAGUGACUUCUACGUUGCUUGGUCUCGGGGAUAAAGACUACCCGCUGGCAGAGGACGUUUUGAGAAACUACUCAAAUCAAAAAGCUGCAGUGAUGAAGCAAAGUGCAUCAUGGAAUUUGGAACAUGGUACAGUGCAAGAAGGGAAUGACAUCCCUGAUGUGCCUGCGCGGAUGGUAUGCUCUGACAUUUGCAGGUCUCGAGUUGCUGAGACAGGCAAGAAGGCGCCAGACACAUUCCUUCGGGUCAAGGGCCUGUUGCGGAACAUUUGCCGGUCGAUGAAAGAGCAGGUGGCUGACAGCAAGAGACAUCUCAGUCCAAGCUUGAGACACCCAAUACUCCUUGGCAAAACCAACACAGAGAUCAAAGCAUGGCUUAUCACCCAGCCUACGUUUAAGCCUUUGACCUUUGACGCUGUGCAUUUGUCAUAUUGCUCUCCCACCCUUCUGCGAUUUGAAACUGAGACUGUUGGCGGGCAUCGGGUUCUGAAGUUUUGCAGCGCUGACCGUGUUGCGAUGGAUCUGACUGAGAUGUCAGUGGCGCCUGCGAGAUGCCAAAAGACUGGCGCACCCAAGACCGCCACAGCAAACAAGGACAACGAGGACGAAGGUUUGCUGAAGGUGUGGCUAGAUGCUUGGGAGGAACAGCUAGGACAUGCCA